AUGAGCAUCUUCCUCGCAUUACUGGCAGUGGUGGCUCUGGCUACUAGCGCCGCGGACUGCGCCCCACACGGACACUCGAAUAUCAUUCACGAUUUACGGACACCUGAGAACUACUCCAAGGAACGACUUUCAGCCGAAAGUGAGUUUCGGAAGAUACGUCCACUCAGACAUCGAGUUCUUCACAAACUGAUCCCCACGGAGCAGAGAGGUGCCGGGCUGCCCGCCUUCAGACCAACGGUGGAAUAUGAAUUUGACCUGAUUAGAAGCAACGACGCUCGCUAG